CCACAAUUUUCGAUAUGUCGAACUUUUGGCUUUUCUCUUUUGAACCAUUCCGCUCAUUCGACCCUCAACGCCCAACGACCAACACCCAUUGCCUGGUAAUAUUUCAUCACCAGUAAACCGCAACCAUGGGUAUUUCUCGCGAUUCUCGUCACAAGCGAUCGGCCACCGGUGCCAAGCGCGCCUACUACAGGAAGAAGCGCGUUUUCGAGUCUGGUCGUCAGGAGGCCAACACCCGUAUCGGCCCCAAGCGCAUCCACACCGUCCGCACCCGCGGUGGCAACCAGAAGUUCCGUGCUCUCCGUCUCGACUCCGGUAACUUCGCCUGGGCCUCUGAGGGCAUCACCCGCAAGACCCGUGUCAUCGUCGUCGCCUACCACCCUUCCAACAACGAGCUGGUCCGAACCAACACCCUGACCAAGUCCGCCGUUGUCCAGAUUGAUGCCGCCCCCUUCCGUCAAUGGUACGAGGCCCACUACGGCCAGAACCUUGGCCGUCGCCGACAGCAGAAGCAGGGUAAGGAGGAGGAGGUCGUGAAGAAGAGCUCUUCCGUCGAGAAGAAGCAGGCCGAGCGCUACUCCGCCCAGGGCAAGGUCGACAGCGCUCUCGAGAAGCAGUUCGAGGCUGGUCGUAUCUUCGCCGUCAUUGCCUCGCGUCCCGGCCAGAGCGGUCGCUGCGACGGUUACAUCCUCGAGGGUGAGGAGCUGGCUUUCUACCAGCGUAAGCUCCACAAGUAGAUUGCUCCAUAGCUACGGCUGGGGGCAGCAUCUACUAUUACUCGCGGGAAAUGAAUUUCGACGAGGAAACGUCAUGUCAGCAUUGCACUUUGGUAUCGGUGUUCACGGAUUAUGUCUCUGUCUUCGGCAUGGAUUGGGUUCACAUUGAGAUAGUCAGAUCAAAUAAAAGAUCAACCAAAAGUGCUGCUAUUUGAGAA